AUGAACGUUGGGGAUAGUAUUGCGGCGGUGGGAACUUUAGAGGAGACCCGGCCGUUUUCGCGUCCAUCAAAGUUUGUUUCUGUCAACCUUCUAGCUUCAACCAUCCUGGCAAAAGCUCUUCUGGAUCGCCUUCGCAGUGACCACACUCACGUCCUUCUGUCAUUGGGUGGCUUUACCAUUUUCCUUCGUCAGGCGGAUCCCGUCUGGAUUGCCUUGGCACAGAAGAUGGUUAGCGUUCAGUUGAACGUUUGA